GGGGAUUUAAAAAUCUUAUUCUGAGAAGAGAGUGAUUGGCAUUCCUAGACUCAGAAGCACCCAUGGCACAAAAACAGUGACCAAGCUGGACUAUUGGCUGGAGGGGCAUUUCCUGUUCCUGCUCCAACGCAGAGGCUACUGCAAGGUCUGGACUGCAGGGCAGAUCGGCUUUGCCCACAUUCCUCUCUGAGACUUACUAGCAUGGGUCGUUGGGCAAGAAACCGCACCUUACUGUGCUUUGUUCCCACACUCUGUGGGGAGGUUUACAGGAGAGAACACUGGGUAUAAUACCCCAGCGUGUGCAGUGGGCCUAAUCACAGCCAGCUUCUGGUGGAGGCCAGGACGACAGGGGCUUCCUUCAGCCCUGUAUUCAGAGAGGCUGAGAGGAACUGAACAGCCUGCUGGCUGUGGCAGCGGUUUCCUUCCCCAUCAGUCACGUGGGCCUUGUCCUCUCCCCGGAGCCUUGGGUCACAUGGCUCAUUGUGCCUGCGUUGCCAGGAGCCAGGAGCCAGGAGCAGAGCAGAGCGCCAACAUGAACUUGGGGGUCAGCAUGCUGAGGAUCCUCUUCCUCCUGGAUGUAGGAGGAGCUCAAGUGCUGGCAACAGGCAAGCCCCCUGGGGCUGAAAUCGUUUCAGAUUUCAAGUACGCCCUCAUCGGGACUGCUGUGGGCAUUGCUGUAUCUGCCAGCUUCCUGGCCCUGAAGAUCUGCAUGAUCAGGAGGCACUUAUUUGACGACGACUCUUCCGACCUGAAAAGCACACCUGGAGGCCUCAAUGACACCAUCCCGCUAAAGAAGAGAGCCCCAAGGAGAAACCACAAUUUCUUCGAAAGACACCUAUGCCGUCCUUCCCUUCCAUCAAAGCUGGUACACCAAGUAUGGAGAAGUCUCACCCUCUGUAACAGCUUGCAGUUCAGAUGUGAAGGCAUUAUUUUCCAGUUCCAUUCUCAUAGGUCUAUCUACCUUGUUCCUGGUAGCAUCUGCCCAGAUCUAUGCAAAUUCACCAACUACAGAAAGCGACAAGUUUCCCAAAAUAUGCCUAUUAACCUCGAGGAAUGAUUUCUCUUUUUGUCGUCAAAGUGGAUGAAGUUUUGUUUGCCUUGGGUUUGGCAGGCAGAAAACAACUUCCAGGUUGAGCUCUCCCCUUUACCCAGAAGCCACUGGCCUUCAGGUUCCUUUCUAUGUUGCACAAGGAAGUGUUCCACCUUGCAGGCUUUGCUGAUGAGCUUUUUUACCUGUUUAAUUGUGUGAGUUGCAUGAACACAUGCAAUAAUUAGAGCAUAGUUGCCCUCUCAAUAAGUUUUCCAGGUGGUUCUCUUCCUUUCCAGAGAUGCACAGGUGAUUGAGCUGUAGGUGAGCAGUGAUGUGAAGAGGGAUUCUAGCUCUGUGGACAGCGGCCCACGGUUAACGUCUCAGGAUGUUCUGCAUUCGAAAACCCAAGGCUGGUAAUGAACUUUCACAUGGACUGAAUAUUGGAGGUAAAUAAUAGAAGGAAUAGACUAUACAGUGCCUCUGUCCUGAAGGAAACUAUCACGCCUCUUCUGGAAGAAGCGGACUGCACAGAGGAAGCCUUGAGUGCUUUAGCCUGCAGUAGGAAAAGGUGGACACCAAAAACUUCACCCUGUGUUGGAGCUGUUCAUGCUUCCACGAGGGCAUGGUGUCCAUGUCCGUGAAACCUACUACAGAAAAUGGCUCAUGAAAAGGGGAAUCGGACCCAACACACAGCUUCCUAUGCACUGCCAUCUUCUCAUCAGUUAGGCAAUACUUUGUAGAACGAUUAGCUUCACCUCUUAGCUGCCAGAGGAUCCCUUCUUAAAGAUGAACUCUGUGAAGAUUCGGGAGUCCUGAAACAUGGGGUCUCCAGGAUGGUCUCCAGCCCUAUCGAUGAUGAACACUGGCCUUCUGGAGGGGAAAUGGCAGGCUGGGCUGGUGUGGGAGGAAGGGCUUUGGCAUUCAUGGAAUGGGCCUGCUGCUCUCAGACCUUCAAAGGACGGAACCAACAAAGGACCAAAUAAGAAAGCAGAUACUGUGCCUUGUAGAGGGCCAUGAAUGUCAGUUAUUAUUUUUUCUCCUUAUAUAAAUUAUUUUGUGGUUAUUAUUACAAUGUGCAUGGCUGUUGCAUAAAAGACAUGACUGGUGGAGGCUCAGGAAAGCCACGUCAUUCUACAGUUGCCAUCAGGCUAAGGCCCCAUGAGCAUUUCUCUCCCUUGUAAUAUUAACCCUGUGUUUCUGGGAUCACAUCACGGAAUUUUCUUUGCUUUUCCACUUUCCAGGAAAUCUUUUGGACUGGGCUGCCUUCUUCAUGUGUGAUGAAAGAUGAUCUGUAUUUCAGAACAAAGUGCUGUGUUGUCAUAAUUUGCCUGACUCCCAGGGCGUCUCUUAUGCAACUUGAUAACGAUGCUGUUCAUUAGCAGCCUUUGUUAACUGAUAACCAAGAGUGGUAACGUGAUACUCAUAAGCAAUUUUCUGUGUGUAAGAUAAAAUAAACCAUCUUGUAUGGGAUCUGCUAAUUGA